GCAUGUAAUUAUUGGCAAGGAAUAAAAAUGAAUGAGGUCCACAACAUUCACGGGAAUAAAACCAGUCUGUGUCAAAGCUUUGUUCACAAUCUCUCUCUCACCUUUCUCACUUUUUCUCUCUAAAGCAACCACAUCUCUCAAGAUCUUCCUUCCUCACUUUUUCUCUCUAAAGCAACCACAUCUCUCAAGAUCUUCCUUCUUCAUCUUCCUCUCUCUCUCGGCAAGCCAUGAGCUCUUCAAUUAUGAAAACCCUUCAGAUUCGUAAACCCACUUCUCUCCCUAUCUCCUCCACCACCACAGAUGAGCCAGGGCUUCUCCGCCGUCGUCUCUCUUCUCUUUCUCUAAACCUCUCACGUAACCAACCUUCCACCGUCUCAAGAUCCAAGUCGGUCUCUGACAUGGGAGAGCAAGGAGGGAGCUCCGUGAAAGAAUGGUGGGAAUGGAGUUGGUCAUGGAUUCUUUUAAAGAAGUUACCAAUCUUUUUCACAGAUCUUGAGGUUAACAAAAACGAAACCAAAUCAUCAUUGGGGAAUAGCUUCACUCACGUCUUCUUUAAGCUCCGAUCUGAGAUCCGCCGUCUCCUCCGUCCUUCCUCCGACUCUCUUCCACUCUCUUGCAAACACGGACAACGAUGACGUGGCUAUCUUGCUCAUGAGCUCUCUCUAUCUCUCGUUGGAGGUUUAAGAUUUUGUGUGUGUGGCGUCACUUUAAUUCUAAUAAAAUCUCUUAUUUGAUACUUAGUUAUGUAUAAUAUGCUUCAAGUUACAAUUUGCAAUUAUUUCCUACAAUUCGUCAUUCUAAUUUUUUUUUUUUCACAUGUAAUGUAAAAUGUAUAAUUAUUUCAUUUGUUUUAGAAGUUGUGUAUAGUUGUUGUCUUUAUAUUAAGUUAAAACCAUUCUUUCA